AUGGAAUUAGAAUCGGCAAAGGCGAGGUUAAAUGUUAAACUUACACAAUUAGAACUAUCUGUGAAAAAAACGGCGAGUAUUUUGGAGAAAUGCAACGAGGAAUCAAUCGAGCGUCAACUGAACGCCCUUAAAGUGAUUACUAGCGAAGUUGAUCAGCGCAAGCGAAAAGUUGAAGAGUUACAAAUAGCGGAGAAAACCGAAGUGGACGAAAUUACGCAAUACGGCGCAUCUGUUGACGAGAAAAUCGACGCGGCGGAUAUCGAAGUUACGCGAAUCAAACGAUGGCUUCAAGAGAAAGAAGCAGAGAAAGACACUACAGAGAAGAAAGGUAAGAUGCAGUUUGAAAUGGAAUUGCAUAAACUCAAGCUAGAGGCGCAAUCUACGUCAGCCCAAAAGAAUGAUAAGAAUGUUGAGCAGGGAAAUUUUGUCGAUGCAAAACUUCCCAAAAUUGAAAUAACGCGCUUUGAUGGGUCGCCCCUUGAUUGGCCGAGAUUUUGGGGACAAUUUACAGAGACGGUGGACAAGCGUUCCGUGGCACCAGUGAAUAAGUUUGCGUAUUUGUGCGGGUUUUUGUCGCCUAAGGUUAAAACUGCGAUUGAAGGCUUACCUUUCACCCCUGAGGGCUAUAAUCGCGCCAAGUCUAUACUUGAAGAUCGGUAUGGAAAGAAUUCCGAAGUAAUUAAAGCAUACAUCAAACUGAUAAUAGAUUUACCUACUAUUAAUCAGCUUAAUCUUAAGAAGAUACAUCAAUUUAAUGACCAGUUGAUGCAUGCGGUUCAAGCUCUUCAAACUUUGAGCAAACUAGAGACGGUGAAUGGAUAUGUCCCUAUGACCUUGGACAAACUUCAAGCAAUCAGGGGGGACUUGGUGCGCACCGAUCCCGAUUGGGAGGAAUGGGACUUUGCAAAGCUAUCUGAGGCUCUCCGGUUGUGGACGCGGCGAAAUCCGAUCGUCGAAGCAAACGAAGGAGAGGGAAACAAAUCGUUGAAGCAAGACAGAUCGUCAAGGCGGUUGUUUUUCUCGAAGAGCCCAGAACGUACGUGUGCAUACUGCGACGGGGGGACCACAAGACGGUUUCAUGCAACAAAAUCACUGACGUCAAAUGUCGCAAAGAGAUUCUAG